UAUCCGGUUUACCUUGACACGGGUGUGACGCGCCAUCCCGACGGCCGAUCACUAACUAACGUUAUCCCAGUCGACUGUGCCGCUGUGUAGCAGUUUAACCCGUGUUGUUGUUUUUUUGAACAUUGUAAACAUCAUAUAUUUCUCUAUAUUUCAACAUGUCGCACACCGUCAUCACCACGACGACGACAACGAGGACGUCCGCAGACGGCGUCCUGAACACGGGCUACACCCGCACCAUCCCGGGACUGCUGAAGAUCGGGCAGAUGCUGGCGCUGCUCGUGGCCUUCCUGUGCGUGCACUGCGUCUACGGUUGGCCCAGCUGGGCGGCCAUGCAGUUCUUCGAGGUGGUGGUGCUGUGGUUCCUCAUCGCCUUCUUCAUCUUCUUCCUCAUGCACCUGUUCAGGCUGCAGGCCAGGAUGCCCUGCAUCAACUGGCCGCUGACGGAGUUCUUCCAUUACUCCGUCGGGACCAUCCUCAUCUUCAUCGCCUCCAUCGUGGCCGCUGUGAAGAGCGCAGGCGUCUCAGCGCUCGUGGCCGCCGGUGUAUUUGGGUUCAUAGCAACGUUCCUGAUGGCUGUCAGUUUGUGGACGUCUUACAGCGUGACCUGCGGCUCUCAUCAGACCGGUGCAGCAGUUUAAUCAGCGCCAUACGGUUGCGUUGGCAGUUUGUUGAGUCCUGCUGCUGUCAAGUUUUCUGCCUAGCAACCACCCGGAUACUCAACCCUGAUUGGAUAAUAAUUUAAACUCCCGACGUAAUGGAACAUGUGCUCCCAGGACCAGCCGUCAUUUUCAACAAUCUGAAACGUUAAUAUCUUCCCGGUAAAGGACAGUAGUUACUCAGAUUACUUUUCCCUCCGUAGAUUUCUACACGUUAAAGGUGCUCAGUAACAUUUCAGUAGAAUCAGCGAAAGACAUCGCUGUGAAAACAAUCCAAAAUCUCAACGGCUUUCUGUCCUGCCUUUCCCUCUUUGAAAAGGUAGACAUGUUAUUUUUUUUUACUUCCCCUAUCACUACCUGAUGUGAGUUGCGCAUGCGUCACUUCGCGACAAGUAGCCUAUGGUUUUGAGCUAACGUUAUCAAUCAAACAAUCAUAGAUACUAAAACUAGUGCCCUAUGUUUAGGACACUAGCUAAAACGUUAGCUAAGAUGCUGAAGGCUUUUUGAGCUAAUGUUAGCAAUCAAGUAGCCUCUUAGAUGCUAAUGGCAUUUUGAGCUAACGUUAG